ACAGAGCCCUGCCUUGUCACACUUCUCCUCUCUCUCUCUCUCUCUCUCUCUCUCACUGUUGUUGGCUGUUGUUACAAUCGUCCAUCACACAGUAGUAAGAGUCUCGUGUCUCUUUAAACGCGCGCUGCGUAGAUCCUUCAUGAAUGAAACCAUGUGAUCCAAACAUCAUUUUGACGUCUCGCGCUUCCGACCAUAAAGGAGUGGAAAUAUCUCAAGACCUGCGAGAAGAGGAGGAGGCGUGAGCGGAAAAACGCACACACACUUCUCCAACUGUCGCUCCACCACACCGGCUCCACCAAACUACCAGAAAACCACAACCGUCGAGGGUGCGUCGGGCGAAAAGGUGCCGGUUUGACUUCUGGUCUGUUCAGAAGAGCAAGGCUCUUGUGGCAUGACGACGACUAACAAAGGAAAUAAAGCCUUGAAGGUGAAGCGUGAGCCGGGGGAGAAUGGCACCAGCCUCACAGACGAUGAGCUGGUGACCAUGUCAGUGCGGGAGCUGAACCAGCACCUUCGGGGCCUCACCAAAGAGGAGAUAAUACAGCUGAAACAGCGACGGCGCACCCUGAAGAACAGGGGCUACGCCGCCAGCUGCCGGGUGAAGCGAGUCACCCAGAAGGAGGAGCUGGAGAAGCAGAAGGCCCAGCUGCAGCAGGAGGUGGACAAACUGGCCAAUGAGAACGCUUCAAUGCGCAUCGAGCUGGACGCUCUGAGGUCUAAGUACGAGGCUUUACAGACCUUCGCAAGGACUGUGGCGCGGAGCCCCACUGUCGGGGUUGGAGUCAGGGCUGGAGGGGGUGGAGGAGGUGUGGCAUCAUCAGUCAUUGGUCCGCUCAUACCCGGGAAAGUUGCAACGGCGACAAGUGUGAUUACAAUAGUGAAGUCAAAAACAGAUGCACGGUCUUGAGGGAGGGAAAGAUAGAUGGGUUUAUUGGGAUAGAGUUCAGCUGCAUCAGAGUAAUUCUUCUUCUCUGCUGCCCACCCACCCCCCACCCCUUCUCCACCUGCAUUGACUCCAAACAGCUGGGCAAUCUCCAUCACUCAGCCUCAGCAUCUUCCUGUCACACGUCUCACAUCAGUGCAGAUGAAGGAAAGGAUGGAAGCAGAGGAGAGUUAAAGAUGCAAGGCCCUCGGUCAGUGCACGAUCAUUUAGCACAGCACAGACACACAGGGUUUCUAUGGUCACUGAAAGACUGAUUAAGACAGGGAGUCUGAGAAUUGGUUUAGUCCUGGCAAAGAGGGAAAAAAAAGUCCCAAAGUCGUUGGAAAAAAUCAUACAGUUUUUUGUUUAGUUGACAUAUAAACCAGUCACAUGUUCAGUUUUAGGUUUUACUGCAAAUCAAUCCCGUCGCACAUUCGUACACCAGAUGUCAAGCGUUUAUUUGCUUGAACCGAGACGCCCUAACACUGAAAGUAACGACACCACAUAAAUGACAUAUGGUCCCGGAGUUUCAAAAGAAUACAUAUGAUUUCAUGUGAGCCACUGAUUUCAGAGUCCCAUUUUGCUCUACUUAGCCAAGAAAUUUUCCAGAAAACUGCUUUAGAAAAGUAUAUAUAUACAUAUAUAUAUUACACAAUGGUGGUAACUGUAUUUCUACUGUUUUUGUACUGUGUUGUCAUUCACAUGAGGUCCAAAGUGUAUUCUCUGUGUGUGAACUGUUAUAUAUCAGGAAUUCUGUGAAAUUCUGUGGCGCGUGUUAGUUUUUUGGUAUUGAUAUAUUUAGUUAGCUGUAUUUUUUUUCUAUGGUCUCUUCACUUUCUUUCCAUUUUCUAUUCCACCUGGCUUCCAUUAUUACAUACAGAACUUCCUGGAGUUAACAAAAAAAAAGAAAGCGAUAUUGAUAUUUACCAAAAGUAACAUACUAUUGCAAAAAGGGUUAGUUAAAGUAAGAAUUUUCAGGGAAAUGGUUGUUUGACUUGAUAUAAAGUGGUCUUCUGUCUGUUUGAGUCACUCUCAGACGUACAUAUUUGGAAAUAUGGUCAGGCAAGUGCCUUGGUCUCCUAAUGAUAUUCAUCGAGAAGAGGUCCUGAGGACAUGAGAGACUGCGGUGGAGAUUCAGUAGCAGUGGUUUCCUCGUACAGUACCUGUGCUUAUAGAGCUCCGAUAGCUGACGUCUCACAGUCCUAUCAUGCAACAGUGGGAAUCAAAACCACGACAUUUUGGCAGGAAGUCGCGAUGUUCAAAUCCACUCACGUGUAUACAAGGCAACAUACUGUAUAAACCAGGCAACAUGUCAGGCAACUCGUCUCGUGGAAGAGUUUGAAUAGCUGUUGAGGACAAACAUUUGACCAGAUCACAGAAGCAUCUAAUGUUAAUAUCGUGUCUAUCUUACCCCCCUUUUACGUUUAACAAAACGUAUUGGGACGCCUGACCGUCACAGACUUCCACACUUUCCUCAAGAUUUUGAUGAGGUGUUUCUAUGGGAAUUUGUGUCCAUUCAUUCUGUAGAGCAGGGCAUCUCAAUCCCGGUCCUGGGGACCCACUGGCCUGCAUGGUUUGGAAGUGAUUCAAAUAAAGGGGUCGUAAUCAGGUGCUUUGAAUCAUGUGUGUUGGAGCAGGGGAAACAUGCAUCCCCUGGACCAGGAUUGAGAAACCCUGCUGUAGGAGGUCAGGCACUGAUGUUGGACGAGAAGGCCCUGGCUCACAAUCUCUGUUCCAGUUCACCCCAAAGGUGAUCGAUGGGGUUGAGGUCAGGUCUCUGUGCGGGACAGUCAAGUUCUUCCACACCAAACUCAAAAUCAAACCAUGUCUUCAUAGUCCUUGCUUUGUGCACUUGGGCACAGUCAUGUUUGGAAUAGAAAAGAGUCUUCCUCAAACUGUUGCCACAAAGUCGGAAGCACAGCAUUGUCCAAAAUGUCUUGGUCUGCUGAAGCGUUAAGAGAUACAGGGCCUAGAGCCAAAUACUUUUGUCCAUAUAGUGAAUAUUCAGUCUGUCAGAUUCUGCCAUAAAUUGCUCAAUUUCCAUGGAUUUAGAGAACACGGUUGAAGUCUUACAGCUUGAAACUGGUACAGGCACCGUUCAUAUUUGCAGAGGCUUUUCCUGCCAACAUGGCGGUGUAAACAAACGUCCGGAGCUCUAUUGGGAUACGCUGACCAAUCAGGAAUCAUUCAUUACCGAGCAUUAGACUCUUGCUGUGCAUUGUCGUACGAGCCGUGUCAUAAGCCAUCGAGGUGAAUCAUAAUAAUAUUGACAACACGCUUUUGUGUGACUUGGAAGUUCAUUUUAAUUAAAGAGUCAGCACAAGAGGAAAAUGUAUCAUUUAUCUUUUUUCUUAUUAUUUCAUGAAUUAUUUUGUUUGUGAAUUUGAUGCUGAUUUGGAUUGAAAACAAAGUGGAUGCAUUCUUCUGGCUUUUAACCGCAAAAGCCCAGAUUGCGAGAGCAUCGGUAGUUUACGGACAGCACUGGAAACUGGAGAACAAACAAAAAAAACAGCAACAUGUGAAUGGAUUUCCAGCCACACAAACGGGCCGUCAUUUCACACAAGCUUUACCAUGAAAGUAGUCUUACGUGUGUGGUGUUCUAUACUCAAAGAAUCUUUGUCUAUGUAUGGUAGAGUCUGGAGUUUUAUAAAGAUAAUUAUCUUUGCAUUGUUUGUAACGACCUGUAAAAAAGAAAAAGAAAAAAAAAAGGUUUAGUGAAAUCUGUUUGAUAUACAGUAUCUCUCUAUUUUGCAAUUGUACCAAAAGUGGCUUAACUACUGAAUAGCUUUGUUUUUUUUCUCUCUCUCUAGUGACUAGGCACGUGUGUGUAACCGUGAACUAGCGUGUGGUGUGCUGUGUUGGUAUGUGACGAGGUAACUUUAACGUUCGCUAUUUUCUUGGGUCUGACUUUGAUCCUUGUUUGAUUUUGGGGCGUGAAAGCGGGUGAUGAUGACACCGUUGGUAACUUCCUGCACUCUUUCUCUCAUAAUCACAUAAACAUUUUGUCCUCCCGGACCCGUCGUUCAGCUCCAGCACUGCAGGCGUGUUUGGUCAUUUGUUAAAGCUGCUUUUGGUGUGAAGCUGUUCUUUGUAAAAAAAAAAAAAAAAGAAUUGUUGUUUUUUUGCUAUGUACAUUUUCUAUAAUUAUCGAUAUUUAAUGUUGUUCCUGUUUUGUUUGCUUUUGAACUGUUUCGUCUUCUGUUAUAUUUGGGGGUUUAUGAAGUGACGAAGAGUGACGUUUACCAAUAUGAAGUCUCAAACCAAGGAGAAAAAAACAGAUUUAAAUUGAGUCAUUUACUGAACUAGAGAGGCAAAAAAACAUGACAUACAUUACACGGCGCCUUUUUAUCCGAACGGCUAUUUUUCCACUGUGAAGAAAAAGGAUUAUUGAGCUCACUGCUGUGCAGUUAUUAAGAUGAAUAAGCGGUGUCCUCAUCUGUGCAGAACAUUAAUAUAAAAUAGGAAAUAUCAAACAGGUGAAUGCUGAGCAAAGGGAAGGGAGAUUUUUAAAUAUUUGAAAUAUUUAUGUGUCUCUGUAAUCUCUACACUGAUGACCAUUGGCAUCUUUAGUCAAACAGGAAGUCUGAGCAAAACUAAUGUCAGGUGACAAUGUCCUAUAAAUGUCUCAUCAAAGGAAUAUACACCACAGUAUUUAGCUCGAGAAGAAAUGACACCAUUGUGUUCAUUUAUGUCUAUGUUUUAAACGGUUUGCCCUGUUUUUUGGGGGGACAUGAUGUAUUAUUUUAUUUCACAUUAGAUUUAGUUUUUGCUUGUUGAAUGUUUUUUUUUGUGGUUGUCAAGUGGUGUGAAAGAGGAAGAAGCACAAUGUGCUAAGAUGAGGUUUUUGUUUGUCUCGCAGUCCUCGUCAAAACUGUACGCACUUUUCUUGUCUGUUUUUUUUUUUUUUUUUUAAAUGGUGGUGUACUGUGCAAAACAUGCUGUAUGUGGUUUUUAACACGGUGGCUGCUGUUAAAUGGACAUCUCAACUUAUGCAAACUGUUGUCGAGCAACAUUUUUUUUGAGCUGCUGCCUCCCCCCCACCCCCCUUAGCAGUGAUGCUGUUUGUGCCCGUUGUUGUCAAGUUGUCUGUUUUAUACUCACAGGUACAGUGUGAUUUCACAAGGUUAAAAAGUGUGACAGUGUUUAGUAUUUUGUCAUAAACACCAGCAACAGUUUGUCUCCUUAACAUCUUAUGUGUCGUGGCCUGUCUACAUAUAACUUGCAUAUUUUUUUUAGUGUGAAUGCAUUUAAUUAAUUUAAGUGACACAAAUUGAAGUAAUGAUUUUAAGUGUAUGAACCUUUCUUCCUUUUUUUCUUUCUUUUCAGUCUACUAUUUUUUUUUAAAAUUGGCAUUAAACAUUUUAAAAAGGUUAAAUCGCAGCCUUUGCAAUUUGGUAAUCGCGUUGUUUCAAAUUGUGAUUUUGAUUUGACACGAUGACUUUUUAUUGUCCAGCGCUUCCUCUACACAGGUGAGGUGAAAACACCGCGCAGACGUCUAAUCCUAACUUCCACUGGACUGGACAACAGUGGUGACCAACAGUGUGGUCAGCAGACGACAGGGGCUUUUCAUAACUGAGUUUAUGAGCUUGUAAGACACCACCCGCACAGAGGUCAUACCCUUCUUCUUAUAAAGAGGCCGUUUCAUCACAGACUGAAGCAACUGCUCCUUAACUGCAUCUAUAAAUGUUUUAUUACAGAGGCGGAGAGGAGUGGUGGAGACACAUCUGAUAAAACAUCCACCCUACUUGUCCCAUCUCUCGCUCUCUUUUUUUUUUUCUUCCUGUCUAGUGAAUCACACCACUGGACUUUAAAAGUUUUUUUGUUUUUAAUCAUUUAAAUAUAAUAAUAAAUAUAAUACAUUUAAUAAUAAUAAUGUUGCCCCUGCCCUUACAUCAUGUAUACUUUUAUUGUUAUUAUUGUCCUUUUCAAAGUUCCUCUAAUAUUUGUGAGCGUUUGGUCAGGUUGCUCUUGGAGUAUUUUUGUGUUAUGACGUGUAUAAAAUGGUCGGUGUAAAGCUGUAGAAAAAUAGCGACUUUGUGUGAGUUCAGAAAGGCCCUUCUGUGUUUUGUAAUAUUUCUGUAUGGGGUGUAAUAAAUUAUUCUAUGACAGUACUUUCUAUGGGAAAAUACUUAAAAUGUGACAGUCUUUGUAAGUAUUUAUCUUCUAAAUUAUUGUUCCCUUUUUCUUUUUUUUUGCAAUUUGUAGAUAUGUAAGUGAUGAUGACAAGGUACUGGUAAUCAUGAAAUUAACUGUCUCGUCAUCAGUCUGAUGCAUCUUUUAAUUUAUUUAUGUAUAUACUGUAUGUUUGUUGAUAACAGCUUACUUUAUUUUGUAUAUGACCAAUAAACCUGUUUUAAAAUGGAA